AGAACGAAUUUCCUUGAAGAAAUUUUGAAUAGUUGUUAUAGCACAAAGCUAUCAAAAGCCCCUUGAGAUGGAAUAUAAGAACCAACGCAUGCCUUGGUUAUUUCAUGUUUGGUACAGCUGAAGAUUUUAUGUAUGGCACGAAGCAAUUAUGACUGACAAACGUCAAGAACUGAUAAGACACAUUCUCUCUAUGGUAAAAAGACUAGGCUUUCCCCAUCCUUCUGUAUGUUUCGAUUUUAGAAAUAGCUGCGUGAAGUAAAAUGAGGUGAGAACGUAUUAUGCAGAUAGGGCUUGGAUAAUCACCCAUUAAAUGAAUAGUGAAUCGGCAGAAGGUGUUUUGGUGCCAUGUAAUUCAGCCAAAAUUGAUUGUUUUGUUGUAUUGCAGGUACUCAACCCAUAGCAUAUUCGUGUAUGGAUGCCGUCAAGUUGUUGCAAAAGAAAACAACAACAGAAAAUAACAACACUUCAAAAUCUCUGGAAUUAUUACCGUUUCAAAAAGAUGGGUUAAAUGGAUUUCCAGUGAUUUUUACUCCCAAAAAUUGUUCGGAUGUGAGGUUACCUGCAUCGUUGUUUUACCAUAGGAAUAGCGACCCGCUUCUUCACGGGCAAUCUCAGGUCAGACAAGAAGAUGAGUUCGGUAGUUGUUGCCAAAUAGCUCGCGAAAAAAGACGCCAAAGUGACAAAGGACACUAUAUAAACGGGUCCGGCGAACAGUCAAAUAGUCUAUGUGUUCACCCUGCCAUUGCCAACAUACACAGGAAAGACAAGAAUCACAUGUGCAAUGGAGGACCGCCUGGUCAUAUUAAAGUGAAUGGAAAUCUUCCAAAUGGAAAUUUAGAAACCGAGUUUUCAACCUCAAGGAACACACAUUCAAUUGACGAUUUACAUGAGCAAGCAACUGAAACUAAUGAAAAUGGUUAUGGAUAUCCGACCGAUUGUGGGGACAUCAAAACGGAAACGUUGUCGGGGUCGGAUUUACUUUUAAACAACAGCAGCUAUCUAGAUGAAACAGAACCGGAAGUCAUAAACAUAGAUUUGCGACCCCGGAUUGUGUGCAAUGGAACGCUUAUAUCUUCAUAUCACGAGGAAGAUGGGACUUCAGAGAAACAACCAUUUCUGUCUCAUCAAAGCCCUAGUGGUUCAGAGUCAAACUGUUCUGUAAAACAAAGUCAAAGCGUUAGAUGGCAAAAAACGAGGCACAAAGUGCCAGACGACUUUGUGGACCAAACGGUCAGUUUACCAAGUAGUUUGGAGAGACACUCACACGUGAUUCACGAGACAAGUGUGACAGAUUCUGAAUCUAGUUUGUCUGUAAAACCUUGCAAUAUUUGGAAUAAGGGUCGUCCUUUAUCCGGGUUUUCGUCACGGUCUAUUUCACCACAACCAGGGCCAAGUGGUUACAAUGACGCCAAGCACAAAAGAGACAGCGGGAAGAAAACGGUGAGAUACAGCGACACCAUAGGAAGCUACCACACAGUGGCGUCCGGUGGCAGCUCUAACAGCAUUAAUAACUUCCCCACCACUCUGAGUGAAGAACACAUGAACAGACUAGAUAGAGAAAUCCGAGAACUGGAACGAGUUGGCAAAAAAGCAGACAGAGGAACUAUUUACUGCGCUUGCGGAGUUUUGGGACUUGUGAUAGGACUGAUUUUAGUCUUUGUUUACCUUCUGUGAUGUAAAUUCUAACCUUGUUAUGUUUGAACGUUGGAGCUUUGGAAAGACUGUUUUGAUUUAAGAACCGUUGAUUUCCAUUUUAAUUAAAACUUGUUUCAUAGA